AGCAUGGCCUUUGGAUUUCACAUUUUGCGGAACUCUCGAAUCGUAAGCCAGGUGUUGACGUUACAAAAGGGCAGGGCGUACCGACAGAUUAAGGGUGUGAUUCAGUCCUAUCAAGGACAACUUUCUCAACAGAUAGAAUACUUUAGACCAAUAAUGGAAGAACCAUCUAUUGUGUUAGCUGCAGAAAGUGAUGUUGAUGAAGUAGAUCUACAAAAAGUCAUGAGUAAAAUACGACGCAAAAUGAAACGUAGUCUCCAACAAGACUGUGAAGGGUUGACAGAGGAUAAGCAAACAUGUGAUCAAAUUGAUACAAACAUUUCAAUACCGAGUGUGUUAACAGAUUCUACGUUACACUGUGAUAAAGGAAACAAUACAGGGUCCAGUAUUCAUGAAAGUCCUCUGAAUCACUCGUCUACUAAUGCAUCAAAUGUUGGUGAAACAUCUCACACAAGCACUGGUGAAGGUAGUGGAAAGGAAAAAAAGAAGCGAAAAUUGUCAUCUAGACUCCAAAGGAUUCUUAAUCAUCACUUGGAUAAGAAAGUGAAAAAAAGUUGUGGUGAUAUAACACAUAGUCAAGUGAAAUCAAGUACAGAUUCUUCUGUUUCAGAUAUAUGUAGUCAAAAUAGCAAUGAAAAUGAAGUGAUUGAUAAAAAGAUCAAACAGUCAAUACCACCUGUAAACCAGUACUUAGCUUUGGACUGUGAAUUCGUUGGAGUUGGAAUUAAAGGAUCCAUCAGUAGAUUAGGUCGCUGUAGUAUUGUGGAUUAUUAUGGCAAUAUUGUUUACGACAUGUACAGCUCUUGUGAGGAAUUGAUCACCGAUUAUCGUACCAAGUACAGUGGCAUCAGACAAGGUCACAUGGUCAAUGCUUUACCUUUUGAAGUUGUACAGAAAACUGUGAAAGAUUUAUUGAAGGAUAAAAUUUUAGUUGGUCAUGAUGUUGGUAAUGAUUUGCGUGUGAUGAAAAUAGAACACCCAGCAGAGAUGAUUAGAGACACUUUACAUAAUCCUGUUAUGAAACGAAAAGUGAAGGAAUUGGGAUGUGAAAGGAACAAUUUAAGGGAGCUAUCCUGGCGUUUACUUGGAAGGAGAAUACAGUCACACACUCAUUGCUCAGUGGAGGAUGCUACAGCCACUAUGGAUAUAUUUAAAUUAGCUAGAGAGGAAUGGGAGGAGUCAUUGAGUGAGCCCAACCCCAAGUCAAAAAAAUAUAUGAUGCAGACACAGCACACACAGCAUUCACAGCUUGCUUGUAGUAUGGAGGAUAACGGGCUCUCAGAAUACCUGAAGGACAAGUUUUGGCCCAAGGACCAUGUGACAGAAAACAUGUACACUGACAGUGAUUCAUCAGAUGAAAGUGUCCAAACUGAAGCAUCACAGGAUCCUGUCGCUCUCUUAAACGAGAUUUGCCAGAAGUUACAAUGGAGUGACCCACUGUACAGCAGCAAAUUGCAACCAAAGUUUAUUUGUAAGCUGGUUGUAAAUGGAGAAGAAUUUGAGUCCAAAGCUUGUUCUACUGAAUGGGAAGCCAGAUCAUCUGCAGCAGAAGCAUUUUUUGCACAUCAUCGGAUAUCAAAGAGUGAUACCAACACAGAUGUUUUCGUAUCUUUUACUGGCACCACACCGAAGAUGGAAUACAAGACAAGUCAAAGCAACCAGUCAAGACGGCUAGAAUCAAAGAGAGCUAUUCUCCAUGAAUUCUGUGUUAGACAAGGCUGGGAAAUACCAGAAUACUACCUUGUUAGUGUGACUGAAGUGAAUUUAAAUAAAAAGUUUGUGUACAAGGUUAUUGUAAAUGGUUACGAAUUCCAGGGAAAAGAAAAAGUCUCCAAUAGACAAGCCAGGGAAAAUGCAGCAAAGUUGUGUCUAUCAGUACUGAAACGUACUGGUUACAUCAUUCAAUAACACAGCAGAUAAUUUGAUAUUGAAGGUGACUUUUUCUGCAGCCAAAGUAUUGAAAAAAUGUUGAUAGCAAUCGUUGU